AUGAUCAAGUGCGGGUGCCAUGGAUAUUCGUCUGCCCCUCCCAUUUCCGCCCUCCCCUUCGCCACCUCCGCCCUCCCCUUCGCCCCCUCCGCCCCCUUCGCCCCUUCCGCCCCCCCCCUUCGGCCCCGUUCGCCCCCUUCGUUGCCUGGGCGCCGUCGCCCGCCACAAACGCCACCACCCUCCCCUCUUCAAUACCCAAAACUUAACCAACCGUAUUCUCCUACUGCGCCCUCCUGCCGAUUUCUUCCUCCCCACUUUCUCCCGCUGCACCACGCGCGCCCUCGUCCUUAUCGAUUAAUCCCCCCUCUCGCUACUUCGUCUCCCUCCUCCCCCGACCCUUUCCCCUCGCUUCCCACCCCCCCCAUAUCCUCGCACUCCCUCCUGGUGGCAGCGUGGCGGUGUGGGCGUCGUGGCGGCGUGGGCGUGUGCGCGGUUGGGCGAGCCGAAGAGGGGGCUGAUGAGGCGAGCGGUGCAUGCACUGGGGGGAGACGCCGUCAGGGGGAUGGUGGGGGAGGUGAGGGCGUGAGGGUGGGGAAUUGGGGUGGGAAAUGGGGGAAGGGAAUUGGGGUGGGAAUGGGGGAAGGGAAUUGGGGUGGGAAAUGGGGGAAGGGAAUUGGGGUGGGAAAUGGGGGAAGGGAAUUGGGGAAGGGAAUUGAGCGAGUUUAA